UUUGCAUACAUAAACACACACUAAUUCACUACUCCAUAUCUUAUUUCCAUCCAAUUCUUGCUUAACAAAAAAAAAAAAAAAAAUCAAAAAACACUCUUUAUAAACUUCAAGAAAUUAACCACUUCUUUAAAUGACUCUUCAAUGGUUAAGCUUAGUAGGUACAAUUUGGCUUCAAUCCAUAAGUGGGACAAACACAAACUUCCCAGCGUACUCAUCUCAACUCAAAUUCCUUCUUUCACUCUCACAAAUUCAACUCAACAACUUAGCUUUCGCUUCUGACGCUGGAAAACUUUUCGGUUUUCUAUCUGGCAUAGCCGCGGUGUAUCUCCCUCUUUGGCUCGUUCUUUUGAUAGGAUCCUCGCUCGGGUUCAUUGGUUAUGGCAUUCAAUAUCUUUUCCUUCUUACAAAUAAUAUAUCCUCUUUGCCAUACGGUCUUGUUGUAUUGCUAACAAUUUUGGGUGGAAACAGCAUUUGUUGGAUCAACACAGUUUGUUACGUGAUCGCUAUAGAAAACUUCCCUUUUGAUCGACAAUUAGCGGUUGGGUUAACGACUAGUUAUCAAGGGUUAAGUGCAAAAAUAUAUUCGGACGUAAUUGAUAUGUUUUUUAAAUCCUCUUCAUCAUCAAUAGAAAGAGCAAGAUCAUAUCUUUUGUUGAAUUGCAUUCUACCCCUUAUAGUUUGUGUGAUAUCCUCACCGUUGGUUCGUGUGACUAGUACGCCACGAUCAAGAAGAUUAUCUAGCGGAUUUCUUGUAAUAUUUGCAAUCACAAUAUUUACAGGAACUUUUGCCGUGAUUACGAGUUUAGGAUAUACUAAACGAGUAUGUCCUCCUUUAGUAAUCUUGAUUGGUUUGUGUGUGUUCUUGGUGGCACCAUUAGUGGUUCCAUUGAUGGAGAAGUUAAGAGAAAGAAUGGAGAAUAAAUGCUUGAUAAGAAACUAUGGCAAGAAGGUAUGUGAUGAGAGUUGCAUGGCAGUAGAAAAUGGAGGGGUAAAUAAUGAAGAUGUGGUUAAAGAUCAAGGACUGUUUGUGAGUAGUGAUGAGGGUCAAGAAAUGGGCUACAAAGUAAUGUUGAAGAGAUUAAACUUUUGGUUAUAUUUCUUUGUGUAUAUGUUUGGUGCAACAGUUGGCAUGGUGUAUUUGAACAAUUUGGGACAAAUCGUGGAGUCUCGUGGGAGUUCAAAAACUUCUUCUUUGGUGUCAUUGGCUUCUUCUUUUGGGUUCUUUGGUCGUAUCUUUCCUUGCCUACUUGACUACUAUAUAUCAAGGACCAAAGGCAAAGUUUCAAGACCAGCACUCAUAGCACUUAUGAUGGUACCGAUGACCUCCGCCUUCUUCUUACUUCUCAACAACAGUAACAUGUGUCUUUACAUAAGCACGGCAACCAUCGGGAUAUGCACGGGAGCCAUCACCUCGAUGUCUGUCUCAACCACGGCCGAGCUUUUUGGGGCCAAGAACUUUGGUGUGAACCAUAACAUUUUGGUCACUAAUAUCCCUAUAGGGUCAUUCUUCUUUGGAAACUUGGCAGCGUUACUAUACCGCAAACAAGGGCUUAACGAUGAUGGAAUUUGCAUGGGCACGACAUGUUAUCAAACAAGUUUCAUAAUUUGGGGUAGCCUUUGUUUUUUAGGGACAGUUUUAGCUAUAAUUCUCCACUCAAGGGCUAAAAAGACUUAAUUACAUGUAGAUUUUGACUUGUAUAAGUUAAUUUAUAGAGACGCAUAACAUAUACGACUAGAUAAUGAACGCACUAGUAUAUGUAUAUAUCUCUUUUUCCUUUAAAACAAAUACUUCAAGUUUGGUA